UCCCUGUUUUCACCCAGUUUAACGCAUGCACUUAAAAGACAGGCGGCUACCGUUCACCAACACAAGCACGAUUAGCUCAAUAUUAAUGUCAACAAGGUAAGAUCGCGGCUGCGGGGACUCGGAUCACUGGAAGUGGACCAUGGCGGCUGCCACGAGCAGCAGCACAUCCACGGCCACGCUACAGAUAAAGCACUCCAGCAUUGAGCAUACGCGGAAACGCAUAGACCCGAGGAGGAGGCAAGCGGCGCUGUCUUUUCUCAGCAACAUUUCUCUAGAUGGACGGCCCGUGCAAGACGAUGCAGACAAUCAGAACGAAGAGGAUAACUCGAUUGAAGAUAGGACUAGACAGAGCCUGGUUUCCCCGGAGCGCUCGGUGUACAGCGCGGCUGGCGCAGCUGCUGCGGCAGCGGCGGCGGCGAACACGGCCGCCCAGGCGCUCGCUUUUGCAAACCAGGCUCUCCUCGCCAGCAGCCGGGCCAGUUUUGGGACGGGUCCCGCUGCUGCAUCGGUGGGUUCGGACGCAGAGGGCGACGCUUUCGUGCCCGCCACGUUCAGCUCGCCUUUCUCCGGGGUCCCAACCUCGACCAGAGGGAGGCUGCAGACGUACACUCAGGGAAUCCUACCUGCCUCCUUUUCCAGGCAACACUCCCAGAACUACAGCCUGGAGGGCGGACAGAUAGAACCGCAGAGGUCAAGUGUUCCUAGGCGAAGGCUCAUCUCUCAGCGCUCUUCGCUCGAAACUCUAGAGGACAUCGAGGAAAACGCUCCUCUGCGCAGAUGCCGAACCCUAUCGGGUUCACCCCGACCAAAGAGCUUCAAGAAGGUCCACUUCAUAAAGAACAUCCGGCAACAUGAUAUGCGCAAUGGAAGGAUAGUCCUUAUCAGUGGCAGAAGAUCCUUCUAUAGUGUAUUUUCUGUCCUGCCCUAUCGAGAUUGUAGCCAAGCAGGGGAUGUGAAGCUGGAAGGAGGACGUCAGCGGCACCCGUCAGGAGGUGUGAGCGCUAAGGAGAUGGUGAUUGGACUGGAGGGAGUGGAGUUGGGAGCUGAUGGAAAGACCGUGUCCUACACCCAGUUCCUGUAUCCCACUUAUGUGCUGGGUGGCCGAAGAAACACUAUCGACUCCACGUCGUCCUUCUCUCAGUCUCGUAACGCAAGCCACCGCAGCCUCAGCCUGGGCCGCGCCAACAGCAACCAGAGCAGCUUAGACACAGGGAAUGAUUUGGGGGACUUUCGGGAGUACGAUCCCAAUCUGCUCGACGACCCGCAGUGGCCCUGUGGGAAACACAAGAGAGUGCUCAUCUUCCCCUCGUACAUGACGACGGUCAUCGAAUACGUCAAGCCCUCUGACCUCAAGAAGGACAUGAACGAAACCUUCAAGGAGAAAUUCCCCCACAUACGUCUCACACUCAGCAAGAUAAGAAGCUUGAAAAGGGAGAUAAGAAAGCUGGCUCAAGACGAAUGCGGGUAUGAGGAACCGACGGUGGCCAUGGCGUUCGUCUACUUCGAAAAACUCGUUCUUCAAGGCAAACUAAACAAGCAGAAUCGUAAACUCUGCGCCGGUGCUUGCGUCCUCCUGGCAGCCAAGAUCGGCGGUGACCUAAAGAAGCACGAGGUCAAGCUUCUCAUAGAUAAACUGGAGGAGAGGUUCAGGGUGAACCGCAGAGAGCUGAUAGCCUUCGAGUUCCCCGUCUUGGUGGCGCUGGAGUUCAACCUGCACCUGCCGGAACAAGAGAUCAUGCCCCACUACAGACGGCUGCUGCAAACCUCCUAGCAUUGGUGACCCAUCAGGAGGACGGCCUCCGGGUUCUCCUCCUGAUCUUCCGCUCCCCACGGUAUCCAUCCUCUCAAGGUACCGCUGGCUGCCACUGAGCUGCAGCCGUUCCAUCACUACCGUCAGACAGAACAGAACUGAAAUCAGCCAAAGGGACUCACGUUUUUAAGCAAACUACUUUCCUCCAUCGUUUGAUUCCUUCAUUCAUCAUCACUACAUGGACUUCCGAAAGAAAGACUCGACACUGUCUGCAAACAAGUUGUUUUUCUAGUUUGCAUGUUCCAACAUCCUAUCUCCAUCACUUUGUAUAUUUUACUCCUCUCUUGUUGAUUAAGAGAGCCUUUUCCAUUUGAAUCUGAUGGUGAACUUUAUUUUUCUCGGUUAAAACAACCAGUGAUUGUAACAUUUUCAUAAUGUCUUUAUCAUUAAUCUCCUUCUUGUAAACUUUGAUACGAUUGGUUGCCUCUUGACCUGCCUGAAAAUUCAACAGAAGCCCCUUUUUAAGUGGCUGGUUUUUGGCCGGACUGUUACUCCUCAGCGCGACGCAUCUUUUCACAAGUCAUCGUCUUAAAAGUGCACUUUUUUUGGAGAACCGCGAGACGCGUGGGCACGGGGGGACGUUUUUCUUCAGCGAGCCUGGGAACUAACUCUGACAAAUAAGCUGUGCUCAUAAGCACCACGAGCAAGUCAUUGAACCGGAUUUGUUUUCUCCUCCUAUGGUUCCUUCACAGUUUUCAAACUAUCUGCAUGAAAAGCAAUGAUUGUACACAGGUACUCGCAGAAAAGGCGCGACUUCCUAUUUCCACUGAAGUAUUCCAUUCGUUUUUUUUCUACCAGUCAAAUGCUUGCUAUGGACUCCUGGAGACCCACUUUUAUCACUGUCUAAUUUCCUGUGCUCUAUGUUAGAGUGUAUUGCUAGCACAUUUAGAGUGCUUUAAUGGGGUCAAGAUGGUUGUUCUCAAGAGUUGUUCACGAGUGCAAAAAUGCCAUUAACCAGUGAUCGGGAUCUGCAUCGGGAGGGGCAUCAGGGUGCUCUAGUGUUGAGUUAAAAAAAAAAAAAUAAGAUGUGGGUUAGGACCCUGUGCCAGUAAUUACCUUCCUUACUGAAGUGUCCUUGACACGAGUCCCUUCAGGCUUCAGGGACCAACCUCUCCGAGGAGGGGCAAAGUCUAAAACACAAUCCCAAAAUCUUUCGAAUCAUCGAUCAGAUAUUUGCAUUGAAUUUUUAAUUAAUUCGCAUUUGUUGAUUUGAAAUCUAUUGUUUUUUUUCUUUUUAAAACAAAUGUGACUUUCCCAAUGUGACCACUUAAAAACUAUCUAUUCCAUUUCUUCGUCUUUUAUCUGAACUUGAUGUUUCAGUUACCUUGAGACUGUCCCACACACUACCACAGAGUAUUAAAAGGCCACCAAGUCAAUAGCGUUUGCUGCUGCUCAGACAGAGCAUCGGACGGUGUUAGAGUUGAAACGUUCAGGGGACGAAACCAAAUUGCCGAUAUGAGGUGAAAAAAAAAAUAAUAAACGACAGCAAAUAGCUCAUUUGUGUUCGCAAGCCCAAAGAUUUUGCUGUAGGAUGCACACUAAAGUUUCUGUGAGGAAAGACUCAUGGGUGACACCUGCCUGCGUAUGUUUGUAAAUAAAUUGCUCUGCUUGUUCAAUCAAAA